AUGGCUAUCGUUAAAAAGAAGAAGGUAUCGACAACACCAAAAUCGACACCAAAAGAAAACGGGUUGAAAAGAAAAUUGGAAGUCGAAGACGCACAAGAGGUGAGUUUUUCCGUUUUGUUAUUAUUUCCCCUAAAAACCAGUUUAUUUAUUUUUCCGGAAAUCAUUAAACGAUAGAAUGAUUUUGUGUUAUCACCGGAAGUCAUUUAAAACACUCUGAAAACAAAAUUUCAGGCUGAAACUCCAAAAGUUGUAAAGAAAACUCCAAAAAAGAAACCUCUCAAAAAGCAAAAUGGAACUGCUGCAACUCCAGUAGUCGAAGUUGAAGCAACACCGUCAUCUGAAAAUGGACCAAAAAAGAAAAAGAAGAAGGUGGUGAAAAAAGUGAAGUUGUUUGAAGAGGAAGAAAAGGCUCCUAAACAAAAAGCUCAAUUGAUAGAUGAAGAUGACGAUGAGGAAGAAUUCAACAUUGGAAAUCUUGAUAUUCAAGGAGAUGAUGAUGAUGAUGACGAUCUUCGUGAUGAUUAUUCAGAUGACGAGGAAGAUGAGGAUAAUUUGCCAAUUGAAAAGAAAUCAGCGGCUCUCGAUAAGAUAAAAGAGAAAAUGCUCAAGGAAGGUGAAGAAGAGCUUCAAUUGAACAUUGCAAACCAAGAAAAGUUUGAAUUGCCAACAGUUGAAGAUAUUGAAGCCGAAAUGAAAUCAGCUCCAAAUUUGGAGAUUGUUCGUCAAAGAAUUGCAGAUGUUAUUCAAGUUUUGGGAGAUUUCAAAGCAAGAAGAGAUCCAAAUAAAAGUCGAUUGCAAUAUGUCGAAGUUUUACAAAAGGAUUUAUGUUCACAAUUUGGUUACAAUGAAUAUUUGAUGGCUAAAUUCAUGGAUCUUUUCCCAAAUGGUGUUGAAUUACUUCAAUUUUUGGAAGCAAACGACAAUCCAAGACCGGUUACUAUUCGAGCAAAUUCAUUGAAAGUUAAAAGGUAAAUAUCGAAUUUUAUGUAGUCUAAAAACAAACAAAUUAUUCUUCCAGGCGUGAUUUGGCUAAAAAUCUCAUUAAUCGUGGAAUGAAUGUUGAUCCAGCAGCUGAAUGGACAAAAGUUGGCCUCGUUGUUUAUGAUUCACAAGUUCCAGUCGGAGCAACUCCUGAAUAUCUUGCCGGUCAUUAUAUGAUUCAAGGUCUCAAUUCAUUAUUGCCCGUGAUGGCUUUAGCACCACAACCAGGAGAUCGUGUUUUGGAUAUGUGUUCAGCUCCAGGAGGAAAAACUUCGCAUAUUGCUUCGUUAAUGAAAAAUAGUGGAGUUUUAUUCGCUAAUGAUGCUAAUGUAAGUUUACUUUGCAUUGUGAUAACUAUUUUUUGACGAUUUUUUUUAGUUUGAUCGUUGCCGCGCUAUCAUCGGUAAUCUUCAUCGUCUUGGUGUUAACAAUACGGUUGUCUGUAAUUUGGGAGGAGAAGAAUUCGGAAAAAUCCGUCCAAAUGGUUUCGAUCGAAUUCUUCUUGAUGCACCAUGUUCCGGUACUGGAGUUAUCUGGAAAGAUCAAUCUGUCAAAACAAGUAAAGAUAGUCAAGAUGUUCAAAGAAGACAUACAAUGCAAAGACAAUUGAUUCUUUCGGCUAUGGAUGCUUUGGAUGCAAAUUCACCAAAUGGCGGAUAUUUGGUUUAUUCAACAUGUAGUGUUCUUGUCGAAGAAAAUGAGGCAGUUGUCAAUUUCCUUCUCGAACGAAGACAUUGUGAAUUGGUUCCAACUGGUUUGACAAUUGGUGUCGAUGGUUAUACUCGUUUCCGCGAUUAUCGAUUCCAUUCGAGUUUGUCGAUGACGAAAAGAUAUUAUCCUCAUGUUCACAAUAUUGAUGGUUUCUUUGUUGCCAAAAUCAAGAAAUUGAGUAAUGCAAAGAUGAGCAAACAAGAAGUUCUUGAGGUAUGUCUUCUUUUCAGCUGAAAAUUUCUGGAAGAAAUUUUUGCAAACAAAAAGCUAAAUGGUUUUCCUCACAUUCCACGGUCACGUCUUAAAAUUCUAAAAAUUACAGAAAGAACGCGAGAAGCAAGAAAAUAAGAAGAAAUCACAAGCUGAAGAAGAUUCCUCCGAUGACAAGAAAAAACCAGCGAAAAAAGCUGGAAAAAAAUCGAAGGAAGAUUCGGAUUCAGAGGAUGAUGAUGGAACAGCUCCAUUCAAAAAUGUUGGAUCGGGUGCUCGAGCAAACAAAAAGCGAAGAAAUCAGAAAAAGGCUCAAGCAAAACAAGAUUCGUUGAAAGAAGAUGAUGGAUUUAAUACUGUUAGUUUUAUUUUCCGAUAAUUUUGAAUAUCUUGAAUGACGUAUUUUCUUCAGGUUGGUAACAUCAAGAAAGCACGCAAAGUCAAGGAGUUCAAGGCUCGUGUACCAAAAAGAGCAGCUGCACGAACUGGAGCAAAAGCGGUGAAAAAUAAACGAAAGAAGAUGUUAGCCAAACAACAAUAA